AUGAUAAAUAAAAACUCACUGUAUCAACUCGAAGAAAUACUUAAAUCUACAGAUGUAACCUACACGAGUGCUCGUAGUCAAGAUGAAUUUAUCGAACAGAUUGGCACUUACCUCAUUCAUUUGAUUGUUCAACAAGUGCAAAAUGCGCCCUUUUAUUCGGUCAUGAUAGAUUCUAUUCCUGAUUGCAGUCAUCGAGAAAUUUAUUCAUUGGUUAUUCGAUAUGUUGAUCAUGAUUUGAAUAUACAUGAACGUGUGGUUGCUUUGAAAGAGUUGCCCACCAAAAAUGGUCAAGCUAUAUGUGACUUUAUUCUCUCUAUACUUCAUGAUUAUUACAUUUCAACUGACUCCUUAGUCGGUCAGUGUUAUGAUAAUGCGCCUAAUAUGGCAGGUUGUAGACGUGGAGUUCAAAAUUGUAUGAAAGUUGCACUUAAACGUGAUAUCAUUCAUGUACCAUGUGGUGGUCAUUCAGCAAGUCUCGGCGUAAAACAUGGUUGUGAGUGUUCAACAGAAUACAUUCGUUUCUUCAAUUUACUCGAAGAAAUAUACAUUUUCCUCAGUAGCAGUAUCAAUCGUUAUCAUAUAUUUCGAGCUCAAAUUAAUUCAUCAACAUCAGCUGUAACGGUAAAAGGCUUAUCAGUCACCCGAUGGUCCCCUAACUAUGAAUCGAUUAAUGCUAUAUGUCGUUCUUUACUGGAAAUUAUCAAUACAUUUGAUUUAAUAAUUAGUCAUAUUGAUGAGAAAGUUGAUAGAAAUGAAACAGUUACACCAGACGAUCGAAAAGCAAAAGGACAAAGCAUUAAUUUACGAGAAGCUAUUUUAUCAUUUGAAUUCAAUUUGUUACUAAAUUUUCUAAAUCAAGAAUGUGAUGAUCAAGCAUUAUGUAAUGGUGUUGAUAUUGAAAAUGAAUUCGCUCGACAUCAUCAUCAACGACAACGAUCUGUGAGGAUCGAUUCGACUUCUAAAACUGGUAUUCGCUUGAAGCGUGUUGAAUAUUAUGUGAAAUUAAUGCGUGAAAUUCUGGAUUAUUUAAUUGUUGCAUUUUCUGAAUACCACAAGUUAAUUGAAGAAAAACUUGAGCAUUUUUCUAAUAUCUUUCCUGGCCGUGUAAAUCAACUAACUCUUGCAAAUGCUAAGAAAAUUUGUGAUAUUCUACCUGGUAGUUCAAGUCCUGAACUCUUAUACUCAGAAUUCCAGCUGUUAAAAAAUGACUUCGAUAAUUAUACUGAUAUGACCGAACUUAUUGAUAAAAUUAAAAUAAUUCGACACGAAUAUCCAAAUACUACACGUAUUUAUCAAUUUCUUCUUGCAUUACCAAGAACUGUUGCGACAAAUGAACGCUGUUUUUCGAAAUUAAAAUUGGUUAAAAACACCCUCACCCACCCUGGCAUGGUUGAUAAUUUCUUCAGAAGAAAGAGAUUUGUUAGGUUUUGCUGA